GGGGCCGGGGCCGGGGCCCACCCGGAGGCUGGUGCAAAAGAUGGGGUCCGCCGGGCCAUCCCGCGCGUGAGGAAGCCUAGGGGCGCGCCACCCCGUCCCGGGCGGGGCGGGCGCCCCACGGGCCCCGCCACUCCCGCCCCGCCCGGCAGUUGUGGCCCGGGAUGCGGAGCCGGGGGCCGCCGGUGGUGCUUCGCGGGGUGAGAGGCGCCGGGAAGGGGGCUGCCUGCUGCCCUCGCCCUCGUCCCCCACCGGCGGGCCCCGGAAGGAAUUCGGGGGCCGGGCGGCUAGGCCUUCUUAGCGCCCUGACGUUUGAGGGGGACCGGUGAGCCCGCCGCCUCACCCCCGCCCCGCCUGGACGGCUGAAUCGGAGCGGCUUCUUCCUGCUCCUGCGGAGGGCCCCCAGCCAUGGCCCCCAGGAGCCCCCUAGCACCUGCAGGGACUGCCCCCCACCCCGGCCGCCUGGGCCUGCCCUCUGCAUCCCGCGGGCAGCCCGUGUGAGCGGCCUCCGCAGCCCCCGCCCCUCCCCCAUGGAGGAAGCGGAGGGGGGCGCGGCGGCUGAGGAGUGGGGCACCACCCCCGCGGGGCCCGUCUGGACCGCGGUGUUCGACUACGAGGCGACGGGCGACGAGGAGCUGACCCUGCGGAGGGGCGACCGCGUCCAGGUGCUUUCCCAGGACUGUGCGGUGUCGGGCGACGAGGGCUGGUGGACCGGGCAGCUCCCCAGCGGCCGCGUGGGCGUCUUCCCCAGCAACUACGUGGCCCCCGCCGCGCCCGCCGCGCCCGCCGGCCUCCAGCUGCCCCAGGAGAUCCCCUUCCACGAGCUGCGGCUAGAGGAGAUCAUCGGUGUCGGGGGCUUUGGCAAGGUCUAUCGGGCCCUAUGGCGUGGCGAGGAGGUGGCCGUCAAGGCCGCCAGGCUGGACCCUGAGCAGGACCCGGCAGUGACCGCAGAGCAGGUGCGCCAAGAGGCCCGGCUCUUCGGAGCUCUUCAGCACCCCAACAUCAUUGCCCUCAGGGGCGCCUGCCUCAGCCCCCCACACCUCUGCCUGGUGAUGGAGUAUGCCAGGGGGGGCGCACUGAGCAGGGUGCUGGCAGGUCGCCGGGUGCCCCCUCAUGUACUGGUCAACUGGGCUGUGCAGGUGGCCCGGGGCAUGAACUACCUACACAAUGAUGCCCCUGUGCCCAUCAUCCACCGGGACCUCAAGUCCAUCAACAUCCUUAUUCUGGAGGCCAUCGAGAACCACAACCUCGCGGACACGGUGCUCAAGAUCACGGACUUCGGCCUCGCCCGAGAGUGGCACAAGACCACCAAAAUGAGCGCGGCGGGGACUUACGCCUGGAUGGCCCCGGAGGUUAUUCGUCUCUCCCUCUUCUCCAAAAGCAGUGACGUCUGGAGCUUCGGGGUGCUGCUCUGGGAGCUGCUGACGGGUGAGGUCCCCUACCGUGAAAUCGACGCCUUGGCUGUGGCAUAUGGCGUGGCUAUGAACAAGCUGACACUGCCCAUCCCCUCCACAUGCCCCGAGCCCUUUGCCCGCCUACUGGAGGAGUGCUGGGACCCAGACCCCCACGGGCGGCCAGACUUCGGCAGCAUCUUGAAGCAGCUUGAAGUCAUAGAACAGUCAGCCCUAUUCCAGAUGCCACUGGAGUCCUUCCACUCACUGCAGGAAGACUGGAAGCUGGAGAUUCAGCACAUGUUCAAUGAUCUCCGAACCAAGGAGAAGGAGCUCCGCAGCCGUGAGGAGGAGCUACUGCGGGCGGCCCAGGAGCAGCGCUGCCAGGAGGAGCAGCUGCGGCGGCGAGAGCAGGAGCUGGCGCAGCGUGAGAUGGACAUCGUGGAGCGGGAGCUGCACCUGCUGAUGUGCCAGCUGAGCCAGGAGAAGCCCCGUGUCCGCAGACGCAAGGGCAACUUCAGGCGCACCCGCCUUCUCAAGCUGCGGGAAGGCGGCAGCCACAUCAGCCUGCCCUCUGGCUUUGAGCACAAGAUCACAGUCCAGGCCUCUCCAACCUUGGACAAGCGGAAAGGGUCUGAUGGGACGAGCCCCCCAGCAAGCCCCAGCAUCAUCCCCCGGCUGAGGGCCAUUCGCUUGACCCCUGUGGAUGGCGGUGGCGGCGGCAGCAGUGGCAGCAGCAGUAGUGGCAGUGGUACCUGGGGCCGCAGCGGGCCCCCAAAGAAGGAAGAACUGGUUGGGGGCAAGAAGAAAGGCCGGACCUGGGGACCCAGCUCCACCCUACAGAAGGAGCAGGCUGAAGAGGAGAGGCUGAAGGCCCUAGGGGAAGGAAGCAAACUGUGGUCAUCCAGCGCCCCCAACCUGGGCAAGUCCCCCAAACACACCCCCAUCGCCCCGGGCUUCGCCAGCCUCAAUGAGAUGGGGAUCGUUGGGGGCAGUCCCUUGCCGCCAAGUCCCCAGGGACCGCCUGGAGUCCAGUGCCGGCCCUCUCCGGUUGCAGAGGAGUUCGCGGAGGCAGAUGGAAGCAGCAGCGGGCCCCACUCCCCCCACAGCACCCUGGCCUACCUCGAGGUGCCGCUGCCCACCCAGCCCUCCCCUGGCGCGCCGCUGCCCCCCACACCCACCCGAUCCGCGCUGGGCGCCCGGCGGAGGCGCUGCGAAUUUGCGCUGCUGAGCUGUGCCACGCUGCUGGGCGCCGUGGGCCUGGGCGCUGACGUGGCGGAAGCGCGCGCAGCAGAUGGUGAGGAGCAGCGGCGAUGGCUCGACAGCCUCUUCUUCCACCGCGCUGGCCGCUUCCCACGGGGCCUCAGCCCGCCUGCACGCUCCCCUGGACGCCCCAACGCAGCCCCCGCCGGCCCUGGCCUGGCGCCUUCGGCCACCCUGGUAUCGCUGUCCUCCGUGUCCGACUGCAACUCCACGCGUUCACUGCUGCGCUCCGACAGCGACGAGGCCGCGCCAGCCGCACCCUCCCCGACACCCUCUCCUCUUGCGCCCUCGCCCAACACCAACCCCCUGGUGGAUCUGGAGCUGGAGAGUUUCAAGAAGGACCCCCGCCAGUCACUGACGCCCACCCACGUCACAGUCACUGCCACACGCGCUGUGAACCGCGGGCACCGGAGGACCCCGUCGGACGGGGCGCUAGGGCAGCGGGGGGCGCCAGAGCCCACAGGCCCCGGCCCUGGCCCUCGAGAUCCCCUGGACUUCCCCCACCUGCCUAAACCCCAGGCUCUGUUUCACACCCACCUCCAGCCCCCCGAGUUUCCUGGCCGCCCCACCACCCUGACCUUCACCCCGAGACCCCGGCCUGCUGCCAGCCGCCCCUGCCUGGACCCCUGGAAGCUGGUCUCCUUCGGCCGGACACUCAGCAUCUCGCCUCCCAAUAGGGUGGACAUUCCAGAGAGCCCCGGGCCCCCCAGCAUGCAGCCCACACUGCUUGACGUGGACAUGGAGGGGCAGAGCCAGGACAGUACAGUGCCCCUGUGUGGGGCCCGUGGCUCCCGCUGAGGCCUGCGCACUGCCACCUGCCUGGGCAGCCAUGAAUGUAGUACCCCAGGCCCUGCCCCAGGCCACAAGGCAGGGGAGGCCCUGGAUACUCUAUUUAUUGGGGAAGGGGAGUGGGGAGAACACUUAAUUUAUUCCUUUGUACCUGUGCUCGCCCUGCAGCAUGGGGGAAGGUGGGCAGGGAUACUCAGGGACAGGGCACUGUGGGGGAUUUGGCACAAAAUGCAGCAUUAAAGGUAACCCCUGCC